AGAAUUUGCAAAACAGUCUACGCAGCGCCGAGAUCGUUCCAAUUUGCCGACAUUUGGCCCAGGUAUAAAAAGGUGGGUCCUGUCAUAGUUUGAGUUUCCCCACUAUCCAAUUCCUCUGGACUUCACUCUUUGCCUUCGCCUAGCUGUGCUGGCCCUUCGUUCUUCGUUCAAUUCGUUAUUACCCCUGCUUUUUAUUUGCACCAACAUGGUCGCUCCGGCAUCUUUCAACUCAAUCUCCGUUGCAGGCCAACAGGUGACCCAACAGAUCGGUAAUGGCAAUAAAAGUUCCAAGCGCGCGAGCAUAUUUCUCAGUUUGCGAAGACGUGAGGAUAGCCAGAAUAUUCUUGAUCUCAAUCUCGGGUCUCCCUUCCUUUUUGAAGAUGUUUUUUCAGGCUUGACACCCUCGCCACGCUCUCUUGAGUUUAAACUACCACUUCCAAGUGCUGUUGCUCCCUCUUCACCACUGCCACUCUUCUCCUCUUCCUUCGUCGAGCCCUUCGACGCUUUUGUCGACUCCGAGUCGGAUGCUUCGGAUUCCGAAGAUGAGGAAGAUGAUACACAAUACAUCAGCAUCCCUUCCACCAGUCCUUUCUACCAUCCUCCACCCAAGCCGCGCUCCUUUGAUUUCGCACCCUGGUCCGAAUCAUGCAGCUCAUCAUCAUCUAUGUCGUUUGCCUGUGAUGCGCUAUCCGAAGAUGUCGGUGAAUCGGCUGCUAUCCUUUUCCAUGAAAAGCUAGACGGAAUACCUUAUGUCCGCGACGAUGUAUUCAUCGUGGACGAUGAGUUUCUCCAUGAAGCUGGCACGGAGUUAUACGUGUCACCUUUUGAUGUCUACCAGGACAUGUAUUUGGAUAUGCUCAAGAAUCCCGUGGGGCUCAUGUCACUUCACGACGAGGACCCUUGCCCAGACGUCCCUGUUGAUUUUGACGAGGAAAACGCGCAUGCUGAGAUGUAUUCCGGUAUCCUUCCGGUGACUCUAGAACCUGUUACCGUAAUCCCGUCUGUGGGUCGCCAGUCACCAAUGUUGGACAUGCGCCUGGUCGCGCCUUUCGAGGAGGCAGAGGCGCAGCUACGUAAUCGUGCUAGCGUCGUGCCUCCUAGUUCUCUGUUCUGCGGUUUGUUUCCUCAGACCAACACCGCCAUGCGCAAUUAAGCGCAGCGUGUCUACUGUUUCGUCCUGUCUUCAUUUAUAAUACCCUUCAAACUUGAAGUAGCACCCUCUUUCAUUUCUUUUUCGUUCCGGUUGGCAAUCGGUGUAGUUCGGCGGAUAUUAUGGAUACCCUGAGUUGAAGUUUGAUACCUCUGUCGAUAAUAUAGACCUCAGGUGCACUCCUGUAUAUUAUACCUACGUUCUUAUCCGUAGAACAAUCAUUAUUUUUUCCCUCUUGCUUAUUUUAUGGGUCCUGUUAGAGAAUGCGGAUGUCUGAAGGUUUUGGAUCG